AUGCAAUCCACGAAAGACGGACAGUCCAACGGCCACAGUGGUUACGAUCAACCGCCGAUCGGACCUCGGCUGUUCUCUGUCAAGAAACCACCAGCGUUGGACGAUUUCAAGAAGCUCACAACACAGUCUGUGCCCUGUCAUUAUCCGCUUGCGAAAGCUGUCGAAUCGAAUGUACCCAUCUACCAUCUUCCCGAUUACCACUCGCUCAGUCCAGAGGAGCGUUCUGCGCUUCAAGAUGAAUGGUAUCACAUCCUGCUUUCGGGGCCAGGGGUGUUCGUCACCAAGGAUCUGUACAAAGACACUUCCCUGCUUGAAAAAGUAAACAGCGUUUACGCAAACAUUAUCGCAGAAGAAAAGAAAGUGGCUGGCAAACGCGGUGACCAUUUCGCCGGAGCUGGAGCAAACGAUCGCAUCUGGAACUCGCUCUCAAAGCACUGCCUACAAGAUCCGGAAUCGUUUGCAACAUAUUACUCAAACCCAUGGCUGCCACUAAUUUGCGAAGCAUGGCUGGGUCCACAUCAUCGCUUGACUUCCCAAGUCAACAUCGUGAAGCCGGGCGCAAAGGCUCAGAUCUCUCAUAGAGACUAUCAUAUUGGGUUUCAAGACAAUCAGUCGUGCGAGAGGUUUCCCAAGGCAAUACAAGUUGCAUCGCAGUUUCUCACACUUCAGGGAGCAGUCGCGCACUCCGCUAUGCCGGUAGAGAGUGGACCGACUAGGCUUUUGCCGUUCAGUCAAAGGUUCGAGGAGGGUUACAUGGCGUAUCGUAUUCCGGAAUUUGCAGACUACUUUCUGGAGAAGUAUGUAUCUAUGCCACUGGAGAUGGGUGACGGGCUGUUCUUCAACCCAGCUUUAUUCCAUGCUGCGGGACAGAAUGACUCGGCCGACAUCAAGCGAUCAGCCAACUUGCUGCAAAUAUCGUCAGCCUUUGGUAAGCCAAUGGAGUCUGUCGAUACACACGCACUUGUCGAAAAGACGUGGGAUGCGAUGUCCACGACAUAUCAAAAGGAAGGGCUCAGCGACGAGCUUAGAGCCCUCGUGAGCGUUGUCGCAGAAGGAUCCCUGAUACCUGCCAUAAGAAGCAGAACUCAUGACCGUCUCAUUCCAUACCUUAUUCACCCCGUUAUGUCGCGCGCUCUAGUCGAAGGUGAGCAAAAUGCAGAAGACGGCGUUCUGAAACCUUUGCCCGCCGAACGAAACACGGUGUUUCCACCAGAAGAGAACCCCAAUGUUCCUCUUUCUGUUACGACCGUACGUCCAAAAUCACCGAAAGAAGACAACACUGCACAUCCGGCACUAUGUAUACCCCUCGGUCCCCCUCGAGCGGUGGCUACAACAGCCCCAAUGUCUCUUACACCAGACGCUGAAUUCCGCAUCAUAGAAGCCGAACUGGCAAAUUGCGAAAAGACCCGCGAAGCGCUAGCACGGCGUGAAGCUGCACUUCGAGAACGAAAAGCGGAGAUAAUACGAGAGACUGAGAUGAAGCUCGAUAAAGAGGUGCGUGAGUUGACUGUGGGAGACCAAGACGAAGAGAUGAAUGAGGGAUUGUACAUGCGUGAUGUGCAGAGAAGAGUGGACGCAAAGCUUCAGAUGGCAGGGAAGAACGCGAGCCAAGCGACGGAGGAGUCACAACAGUCGGAAGACACUGGAGGGGAGAAGGUCAUUCCAGUUAGUGCACCAGAGCGAAGGCGACUUGCACGUCUUGCUUUGUUCAAGAACGAUCCUAGACUUGGUUGA